ACAGGAAGUGAUGUCAGGAAUAAACAGGAAGUUCCGGGUCAGAGGUGACUCGUCACUCUAGGGAAGUAGAGAGGACAUCGCUGGAACUUGCAGCAGAGGAGAGUGGAAUCCUCGGGGAUAAUAUUUUGGUGCUAACGAAGCGUUUAAAGUGGAAGACGAGACGUAUGGUGAGACGAAGGUGCUUUCUGAAGGACACAAGGAUCCCCAUAAGGACAUUACGAUGGAGCCAUCUGAUAGAAGCAACUCACGAGAGGAAAGUCCCCGUCCUCGGGAUUCCACACAGGAAGGUCCCACCAUCCCUCACCAUCAUCAGGGUGAGGAACAGAUGGAUAUAAAUGCCGAGGUGAAGAAGGAGGAAGAAGAAAAGACGGAUGUGACGGGUGAUCAGCAGAGUACGAAGGAGGAUGUGGUUAAGGUUACAAUCAAAGAGGAGGAAUCUUCAUCAGAUAUCAGCUCAGAUGGACAAAAUGCCCAUGGGAAGACACAGGAAGGGGAGAAUCCAUAUUCAUGUGAAGAGUGCGGUAAAAGUUUUACAUGGAAGAGUGCCUUCACCAGGCACAAGCAGAUUCACAACAAUGAUGGUCUUUUUUCCUGUCCAGAUUGUGGCAAGUCCUUUAACCAAAAAGCAUCUCUUACGCAUCAUCUGAAAUUUCACUUAGAUAAAGGUUUGUUGUCCUGCUCAGAGUGCGGCAAAGAGUUUAAGACCAAAUAUGAACUUCAGGUCCAUUGGCGGGUUCACGCGGGUCGGGAGAUCUUUUCGUGCUCGGAGUGCGACAAAUGCUUCUCACAGAAAGGACACCUUCUUAGACACCAGAGAAGCCACACGGGCGAACGUCCUUUCCCGUGUUCGGUUUGCGGCAAAUCCUUCUCAAGGAAAUCGCAUCUCCUUCGACACCAGAGAGGUCACACCGACGAUCAAUCCUUUCCGUGUUCAGAGUGCGGAAAAACUUUCUUACGGGAAGGACAGCUUCUUCGACACCAGAAAAGCCACAGGAGCGAACGUCGUCGUUUCCUCUGUUCGGAUUGCGGAAAAUCUUUCUCGCGGAAAACAGAUCUCAUUAUCCAUCACAGGAGUCACACGGGGGAACGCCCUUUUCUAUGUUCAGAGUGCGGGAAAUCCUUCCAACGGAAAACACAACUCCUUAGACACCAGAGAAGUCACACCAGGGAGCGUCCUUUUUCUUGCUUGGAGUGCGGAAAAUCUUUCUCGCGGAAAGAAUACGUUCUUAUACACCAGAGAAGCCACACCGGCGAGCGCCCUUUCUCCUGCAUAGAGUGCGGAAAAACCUUCACCCUAAAGGCGAGCCUUAUCGCGCACCAGAAAAGUCACGAAGACGAGCAUUAUUUUUAUUGCCUGGAGUGCCCGAAGUCCUUCAAAACGAAACCUCAACUCGCCUUACACCAGAAAUUUCACGCCGGCCAGCGGGUCUUCUCCUGCCCGGAGUGCGAGACGUUGUUCUGUAGCAAGUCGAAACUUGAUGCACACCAGCGGGUUCACACCGGCGAAAGGCCCUUUUCCUGCUCCGAGUGCGGGAAGCUUUUCGCGCAAAAGAAAAACCUGCAGUCUCAUCAGAAGAUCCAUGCCGGAGAGAAGCCGUUCGGCUGCUUGGAGUGCGGAAAAUGUUUCAUACGGAAACAACAUCUAGUUAAACACCAGAAAAUGCACAACCGUCAAAAAAAAUCGUAGCCAACCUCUCUGUAGACUGAAUUCUUAUUUUCAUAGAUGGGUUCUAUCAACAAAAGAUACAAUUUAUAGGGUCGGUUCGUCUAAAAUUCCAGUCCAUGGGGUGGUGUGAUGGAUUGAGGGUUGUUCC